GCUGCUACUGCUGCUUCUACGAGCUUCUUUGCAGAGAGUUUUCCUCAGGAAGAAAUGGAGUGUAGUCUCACAAACUCGUCUCUCAUACCAUUCAAUCCGCCGUCGUUUCAACCGCUUCGAGAUUCUCACUUCUCCACAAAGCUUCGAUUUCCGAGAUUAAAGCGUUCAAGCCCGUCAGAGCAUCGCCAUAAUCAUCUCCAUAUAUGUUACGCUUGUGGGUCUGGCGAUAAUGGGUCAGUUAACGACUUUCCAGUCAUCCCAAACAAAAUUUUCAUGGAUGAGACAAUUGGAGCUGAAUACGGCGAAGGUUUUGAGACUUUCAGACCUGAUGGACCCCUUAAGGUUGAUGUGGAUUUUCUAAACGAUAAAUUGCAAGAAGGUUUUCUCAAACGAAUUCGCUACGCCAUGAAGCCCGACGAAGCAUAUGGACUUAUUUUUUCUUGGGACAACGUAGUGGCGGAUACUCGAGCUUUGAAGGUGAAAGCUUGGGAACAACUUGCCUUUGAAGAGGGUAAGAAGAUUCCUCAAGAUGGUGAUGCACAAAGACUGUUGCUUUAUGCGGAUGCCGAUCAUGUUUUCCGUCAGGUUUUGCUCUGGGAGAAUAUCGAAAGUGAUUUGGAUAGAUUGAAGCUGAGGCUUUCGCAAUUAUAUUAUGACAAUCUUCUGAAACUUUCGAGACCCAUGGAGGGGCUGGAAGAAUGGCUGGAUGCAGUAUCUACAGCUCGCAUCCCUUGCGCUGUUGUUUCAAGGCUUGAUCGGAGCAAUAUGGUCAAAGCCUUAGAGAGGAUGGGGCUUAAGAAGUAUUUUCAGGCAAUUGUAUCUGAGGAAGAUGGCAUGGAGUCCAUUGCUCAUAGAUUUCUUUCUGCGGCCAUGAAGUUGGACAGGAAACCAUCCAAGUGUGUUGUGUUUGAAGAUGAUCCUAAGGGUGUCACUGCUGCUCACAAUUGCACAAUGAUGGCAGUAGCACUGAUUGGUGCUCACCCAGCGUACGAUCUAGUGCAAGCUGAUCUCGCGGUUGCCAGCUUUAAUGAGCUUUCCGUGAUCAAUCUCCGGAGGUUAUUUGCUCACAAGGGUUCCUCAUUCAUGGAUCUGCAAAAACAAAUAGUUGAGAAAUCUCCUCGAAGAAGGAAGCUUACUAUUGACACCAUUUUCUGAUUCAUUUCCAACCCAGCAUUCUUUUCUCCCCUCUUAUGUAAUUUCCUCCUUGUAAUUAUGCAGCAAAUUAUCUUACUAAUUCUUUUUCUGUUACUUUUUUGUUUUUUUUCACAUUAUAGACAUGAGUGAGAAUGUGAGAUGAGAUGAAUACAAAAUUUGUCAUGUAAUUAAAUCCCAUUUCUUAAUUUUAGUCAGAAUGCCAACAGAUGUUACCAUAGCAAACAAAAAUCCAGAUUAGUUAUUAGAUUUUUUGAUGUAAAUUUACUGACUGACGGAUAUCAUUUUAUUUUUGGGGUGGGCAGUGCAGACUGGAAAGUAAUGUUAUUGAUAAAAUUUAUUCUU